UAUAUAUGCGAAUAAGUAAUGUUGUUAAAACCAAAAGUAGCGCGCGCUCGCCUUCCUGUAUCACGUGACCGACGCGGAAGUGUUUGACCGACUUGUCCAGACUUUGUCCUGCCGGUGUGGAAAUAUGACGGAAUUGUUGCUGAAGAUUAAAGCCAGCAUCGGUGCAAAAAAGACGACCCCACUGUGUCAGAGCGACGUACAUCGGUGGGGUUUGAGAGGGAUACAGCUGAGGGCCUAUCAGCUGGAUGGCGUCCAGUGGUUGACGCAGUGUGCGCAGAACCAGCAGGGAUGCAUCCUUGCAGAUGAGAUGGGCUUGGGGAAAACUUGUCAGACCAUCUCCCUGCUGGUGUACAUGUCCGGAGCGCUUGGUACCAAAGGUCCAUUUUUGGUCCUGAGCCCACUCUCUGUCAUGGAAAAUUGGAGGAAUGAGUUGGAACGUUUUGCCCCGUCUCUGACUGUCCUGUGUUACAAGGGAGACAAAGACAGACGGGCAGAGAUCCAAGGGGACGCGGACAUGCAGGACAUGCACGUUCUGCUCACCACAUACGAGCUCUGCCUCAAAGACGCUUCUUUCCUGAGACGGUGGAAGUGGAAGGUGCUGGUCGUAGACGAGGCUCACCGACUCAAGAACCAGAACUCUCUUUUGCACAAAACCCUGACGCAGUUCUCAGUGGACUUUAGAGUUCUGCUGACGGGAACUCCCAUCCAGAACAACCUGCUGGAGCUCUACUCUCUGCUGAGCUUCAUCCAGCCCGGAAUCUUCUCAGCAGAAGACGCAGACAACUUUGUCCAGUCUUACUCGGACGUACGGAAUCGACCUGCACUCGCCGCCGAGCUCCAGAGCCUCCUGGAGCCCUUCCUGCUUCGUCGGCUCAAGUCGGAGGUGGCAGUGGAUCUGCCUAAGAAGAGCGAGCUGGUGGUUUACCACGGCAUGUCGGCGCUGCAGAAGAAAUACUACAAAGCCCUCCUAAUGAAGGAUGUUGAGGCUUUUGGGAACGAGCAGAGCAACAAGACCCGUCUGCUAAACAUUUUAAUGCAGCUGAGGAAGUGCGUGGAUCACCCGUAUCUCUUUGAUGGAGUGGAGCCAGAGCCAUUUGAGAUGGGGGAGCAUCUGAUUGAAGCCAGCGGGAAGCUUUGCCUCCUGGACGGCAUGUUGGCUUACCUGCAAGCAGGCGGCCAUCGUGUUCUUCUGUUCUCCCAGAUGACCAGGAUGCUGGACAUUCUCCAGGACUACAUGGAGUACAGAGGUUUCAGCUACGAGCGCCUGGACGGCUCGGUCCGAGGUGAAGAACGCAAUCUGGCGGUGAAGAACUUCAGCAGCAACGACGUCUUUGUCUUUCUGCUCAGCACCAAAGCAGGGGGGGUCGGCAUGAACCUCACGGCCGCCGACACCGUAAUUUUCAUGGACAGCGACUUCAACCCUCAAAACGACCUGCAGGCCGCCGCACGCUGCCACCGCAUCGGUCAGCACAGGCCGGUGAAGGUGAUCCGCCUCCUGGCGAGAGACACGGUGGAGGAGAUCAUGUACUCUCGCGCUGUCUCCAAGCUGCACCUCACCAACACGGUGAUGGAAGAGGGGCGCUUCUCUUUGCUGGACCGAGCUCAGACGGCAGCCGCGGGCCUUCACCUCAGUGAGAUCUUAAAGUUCGGUGUGGAUAAGCUGCUGUCGUCGGACGAGAGCUCGGUACAGGAUGUGAAACUGGAGAAGAUCCUCGGCACGUCUCGAGGCGGUCGCUGGACAGUUGACGAUGACGAUGACGAUGACGACGACGACAACGAAGAGGAAAAUUCCCUGCAAGUGGAGGAAGACACCGGCUCUGAAUCUGACAGGCAGAACCACAUGUACUGCUUUGAGGGUAAAGACUACAGCAAGGACCCUAGCUCAGAGGACCAGAAGAGCUUUGAACGCCUGCUGGAGGAGCAGCUUGCCGAGCUGCAGAAAAGUGUCGCAGAGGGACGAAGCCUACGGAACAAAGCCGACGUAGGAGGGUCACCGUCGGCAGUGCUCGGCUUCCCCACAAGGAAGAGGAGGCCUCUCACGGAGGAGGAGCUGGAGCUGAGGCGGCAGAAGCGGCAAGAGGCGGCGGCCAAGAGAGCAAAGUAUCAGGAGGACUUCAAGAAGAAGCAGGAGGAGCAGAAAUACAAGAAAAAGAUGGCGUGGUGGGAGUCAUGCGGCUACAAAUCCCCAUGCCUGAAGCCUGCUGACGGGAAGGAAGAUGACAACGAUGAUGAAGAAGAGGAGGAUGACAGCAGCAGCGUGAGCUCCACGGACUCGGACAGCGGCGCCAUCCAUUACGUCCUGGGAGAUGUGACGCAUCCUCACGCAGCACGUGGGGACGCCAUCAUCGUCCACUGUGUCGAUGACUCUGGCUGGUGGGGGAAGGGAGGCUUGUUCACCGCUUUGGAGGUGCGGUCGGACGAACCGCGGCGGCACUACGAGCAGGCUGGAAGGAUGAACGACUUGGACCUGGGAAGCGUGCUGUUCUUCCCCAUUGAUGACAAACAGUCCAGGCUGGACGGGAGCGAUCACCUGGCCCUCAUUGUUGCACAGCAGCGGGACAAAGCCAACAAAUUGUCCGGCAUCUUUCUCACGGCACUUGACGAAGGUCUCAAGAAGAUUCACGCCGCCGCCAAAUGGAAUAAAGCGAGUGUGCACCUUCCGCGUAUUGGCCACUCCACCAAGGGCUUCAACUGGUACGGCACGGAGCGUCUGAUCAGGAAACACCUGGCUUCCAGAGGCAUCCCCACCUUCAUAUACUAUCACAGUCGCUGCGCCGGAAAAGAAAACGCCACUGGCCCUGCGGCGUCUGCGUCGUCCCCUGAAGCCCAGGCGCACGGCUCGGCUGCAGACUCACCAACAGCAGGACCCUCGACCCCCGUGAGCCCUCCUUGGCUGCCCAGCUUCAUGAGUGGGGUCCAUGUGUUUUUUUACAACCUACCUGCAACGGAGAGGAAGAGGCUUGCUCGCUACCUCAUCACUUAUGACGGCGACGAAGAGGAGGUGAUGAGUAGCGAGGUCACCCACAUCGUCGCUGAGGUGGAGAACAACAUACACUCUCAGGAGCUCCAGGACAUGACGCGUCACUACAAUCAGGCCGUGGCGGUGCGCAAAGCCUGGCUGGAGGCCUGCUUCUCCAAACAACGACUCGUCAACACGGCGCACUUCACACAUGCGCUCACGUAACGUGUGUGUGUGUGUGUGUGUGUGUCUUAGCUCAGCAUGAGAUCAAUAGAUGCAACUAUUAAUCACAAAUGGUGUGUUUUUGCCCAUGGUUGUAUAAAUGAUGAAUUGGUUGUUUUCCAUACAGCAGGGCUGUCCAAACUUUUGUCCAGCAAGAGCCGCAUACUGAAAAAUGAAAGGAUGCCAGGUCCACUUUGAUCAUUUUUUAAGAAGUUAUAUAUAUUUCAAGAAAACACUGCAUCUCGGUUUUGUCAUUGUUGCAGAUGAAAAUGCACAACCUACUAAAGGUCAAAAGACCACUUUGGAAAAUUAAUCCGAUUUCACUUCCCCCUUACGUGUUCUUUAAUCUCCAGUUAUGAGAAGGAAAGAAGACUCACACACCAAAUUAGAUGUACAAAAUGUAUUGAAGAAUAAGUCAGACAGAAUAUCAGAAUAUCUUAACAGUCUUACAGAGCCCUGGACCGCGUCUCAUGCACCUGUUCCCUGCUUCUCCAGCUGAUGAGGAGAGCGUCUCGAUCGAUAGUCCCAUCUGUCGUUUUAUACUUGUUUUGCUCAGACCAUUGGCGCCAGUCUCUCCAACGUUAACUUUCUCCUGGAUUCCUUGACGAAGUAGGGUGACGCCAACAGGUGAUAGUGUUGUUUUGUUGUUUUGACUACAUUCUGGACCAUAUCUGGCUGCAAGCUGUUUGCACACUAUGUGUGAGCACCACACUAUUUCUGUUUAACCUUUGACACACUUAAACAGAUGUUCAUCUACUCAGCUAUGUAUUUAAUGAAGCAUUAUUUCUAUAAACACCUUGUGUAAACUAUCAUUCACUAAGUUAUUAGAUUAAUUGAUUAAACAGUUAUAUCUAUACCGUACUUAUUUUAAGGCACUCAGUAAUUCAAUCAAUAAACAAUAAUCAAUGCAACCAGUUAUUCUAAAAUCUACUUGUAAUUAUUAUUUACCCACUCAGUAAAUUAUUUUUUGUCUACAUCAUAUAGUUGAAAAUACCUAUUAUUAGUAUCAACUUCACUGUGUGCUCCCCCCCCCCCCAUUUGUUAUGUUUUAUAUUCUUCUCUUAAUCUUAUGACUUUAUUCCUAUAAUAUUAUAACUUUUUCCACAGCCUAGUCUGGGAGGCAUCCCAGAUGCCCAAGCCGACUCAUCUGGCUCCUCUCAAUGCGAAGGAGCAGCGGUUCUACUCAGUUUCUCACGGAUGUCAGUGCUACUCACCUUAUCUCUAAGGGAAAGCCCAUCCACCCUACAGAGAAAACUCAUUUCGGCCGCUUGUACCCACAAUCUUGUCCUUGUCACUACCCAAAGCUCAUGACCGUAGGUGAGGGUAGGAACGUAGAUUAACCUGUAAAUUGAGAGCUUUGCCUUUCAGCUCAGCUCCCUCUUCAUUACAACAGACCGAUGCAGAGUCCGCAUCACUGCAGACGCCACACCAAUCCGCCUGUCGAUCUCGCCUUUGAUGAAAACAAGUCGUACAAAAACUUCCAAAUUUUUUUGACAAAUCCUAAAUCAUUCGAAAACUGGGGCGUAUGUAAAAACUGAAGCAAAAUUUCAGUGAAAAAGUCGUACAAAAACCAAAGCAGAUUUUUUGUGAAUUUUUUUGACGAAUACUGAAUCAUACGAAAACCGAGGCCAAAUUUUUGUGAAAAUUUUCAAUGAAAACAAGUCAUAUGAAAGCUUGGGCGUACGAAAACCAAGGCAAACUGGGAACAUUUUUGAUGAAUCCUGAAUCAUAUGAAAAGUGGGGUGUAUGAAAACCGAGGCCAAAUUUUAGUGAAAUUUUUAAUGAAAACAAAUCAUGCGAAAACUAGGGCGUAUGAAAACCAAGGCAUACAUUUUCUGAACAUUUUUGACAAAUCGUGAACCAUAUGAAUACCAGGGUGUGUGUGAAAACCAAGGCGUAACUUCAGUGAAAAUAUUUGAUGAAAACAAAUCGUACCAAAACUGGGACGUAUAACAAUCAAGGCAAUUGUUUUGCAAAAAUUUUCGACAAAUGCUGAAAAUAUGAAACUGGCGUGUAUGAAAACAGAGGCAACAUUUUCGUGAACAUUUUUGGUGAAAAAAUUGUAUGAAAACCGAGACAGAACUUUUGCAAAAAUGUGUAAUAUAGAUAUACAGUAUAUUUAAUAUAAAUACAUUAUUUAUAUAUAUAAAUACUAUUUACUACUAUUCUACUCAGUUUUCAUGGAAGUCGAAACUUAAGUCACUCACACUGAAGAGAAAAUACAUGAAGGAUGUACAAAAUGCAGCAAUAAUGACAUCCAAGAAUGAAAUGAAACUCCUCCUCCAGUGGUUGUGUUGCACACCAGAAGGGGCGUUGCAUGGGAGGGAGGAGGAAGGAGCACUACACUUAGUACACACUAUGACAUACUUCUACUGCCUAUGUACUCUUGUACCACGUGCAAGAUACUGUUUUUUUCUUUUUUGUAAGGUAUUCAUAAUUUAUGGACGUACAAAACGAGGACCACCUGCACCGGCUGUCAUUUUAAUCUUUUGAAUUAUUGGAUUUGUUUUCUGAAUUUGUAAGUAGUAUAUAAAUACAACAUCAACAAUGUGAACAAACAAAAAAAGAUAUUUGUGAAAAUAAACAGAAGAGCCAAGCAGGAGUGGGCGUUGCUUGAUGGUGAGGGGCGUGGUUUGGCAGUUAGCCAACGGGUACGUUACAUACGUCAAUACAGCGUCAGUGUCACCCGGAGAGAAGCCGACAAGUUCUCCUCUGAGUAUCCGCGGAAGGGAACGUCUUUCCCCGGCGAGGAUUGCAGCGUCGACACCUCGGAGUCUGGUCCACCUGCUGGAGCGACGAUGCAGGGAAACAGAAGGGAACAAAAACCAAAAGCAA